CUUGGCUCAGCCCGAGUCGCCCACUGCCUCUGCAGGUGAGGAUGUACAGUCUCUGGCAGAAUCCAUGGACUCGGACCGGGAGUCUGUUUGCAGUAACUCCAACAUCAAUAACGGCAAGUCGAGUAAGGAGAAGGACAAGGACAAGCAGCGAAAGGACAAAGACAAAACAAGGGCAGACUCAGUGGCCAACAAACUGGGCAGCUUCAGCAAGACUCUGGGUAUCAAACUUAAGAAGAAUAUGGGUGGCCUUGGAGGACUUGUUCAUGGCAAGAUCAGCAAGUCUACUUCAACAAAUGGUCGAACGGUAGAGAACGGAGAGCAGAAAUCCAAGAAAAAGGACUCAAAAACACGAAAAGGGAGCAAAGAGGAGUCAGGCCAGUCGGCCAGCACAUCAUCCUCAGAAAAGACAACCAGUCCCUCUCCUACAGACCGUGCUUCUGGUAGCUCACCUGUUGAGAGACCGCCAGGAUCAGGCAAAAACUCGGGUGAUCGGACACUGGACAAUUGGAAGUACAGCACAGAUGUUAAACUCAGCCUGAACAUACUUCGGGCAGCCAUGCAGGGCGAGCGCAAAUUCAUCUUCGCUGGGUUGCUGCUCACCAGCCACCGACACCAGUUCCAUGAAGAGAUGAUCAGCUUCUACCUAAGCAGUGCCCAAGAACGCUUCAGUGCUGAACAGGAACAGAAGAGAAAGGCUGAGGCUGAGAAGAAGCCUCAGACCAAUGGGCUGGCACUAAAGAAGCCUGAACAGGAGAGUGUUUUCCAAAGGGAGCGUUCAGAUAGCUCUCCACCUGAGAGUUGCUCACCGGUGUUGCAACCUAGCCAUAAUCCUUCCCAGGCUGUGAAGAUCCAAGAAAGGGGAAGCCCAAAGCUUGCUGCUUCCCCUAUCCCAAUACCCAUCCCAGCUUCCAUCCCAGGAUCCUCCAUGUCCCCUGUCCCUUUCUCCUCCCCUAGUAACGGUGCUAAGAGACCUGGACCAGUCCCUGUUUCAGCUCACUAUAGCCAUACACCACCUAUCCAGAGGCACAGUGUCAUCCAUCUGAGGGAUGUCAAUGUGCAGUCAUCCAGCUACAAAGAUGAGUCUUACAAGCCAAUGGUCGGCACUCUUAAAACUUGUGCUACCUACCCCCAGCAAAACCGCUCACUGUCCUCUCAGAGCUACAGCCCAGCCCGCAUGUCUGGUAUCCAUACGAUAAAUGCCGUAGACACCCUCCCAUACAACAUGCCUGGGGAACAUAAGUCCCACACUUAUACCAACGGCUUCAACACUGGCGACAUCCGGGACUGUCUGGAGUUUGCCGAUGAGGACCCGGCACCCCAUGCCUGGCUGGGGCAGGACAAAACCAAAGGGCAGAGUGAUGUUUUCCCAAUGUACUGUUUUCAGCAAAAACGUUGCAGGAGGGAGAACUGCACCUUCUAUGGCCGACCCGAGACAGAGAACUUUUGCUCAUGCUGUUAUAGAGAGGAGCUGAAACGCAGGGAACGAGAGGUGAAAGUGCACCGACCUGGAUAGCCCUGAAAAUGCGCACACAUAUAUAAACACCCCCAAUGUGUGUGGAAAAGAACAGCAACACCACCACCUUUUUGCACUUUGCAAGCGAUACAAAGAACUAGCAUAACAUUUUCCUACUAUAUUUAAGGCCUCCUUGUAUUCUUGUUACUUUACUCUCAUUAGCGAACAAACACUGCUUUACAAUGACAGGAAGUGCAACCAGAAUCAGUUUACAGCUUUGGCCAGAGAUUGUGUUAUUGUUUGUCCUAUGUCCGAUUUAAUUCAAUCUUUUACUUGUUCUAGAGUAAAAGCUCUCGUCUGUGCAUUUUGCUCAGUCUGUAUUGUAAAACUCCUUGUACCUGCAGAAAGAGAUGUAAAAGCAUAUGUCACUCUCUAAUGGAGCUUCCCAAAUCAUGGAAGUGAAAACUCUGUUUAGAGAUCAUUAUUAUGCAAUACUUCACAGCAUAGCUCUUUGGAAUCUUAAUAUUAAAUAACAUUGAUUUGCUGUGCAUUGCAAAUAAUUACAAAGGGAGGGAGCUGCACUGUUCAGCACUCUGACUUUUUUUGAAAGCAAUAAGUUUGGUAACAACUGUCACCCCUCCCCCUUUUAUCUAUGCAUUCAUGACGUCAGCCAUAUUCUACUUUUCCCCAUAUGAUUCUACGGGAUAUAGAUAAGAUUAUAAUAGGUCUGCUGUACAGGGAUUAUUAUCGGGGAAAAUAUUUAAUAUGUGGCAUAUCAGAGUGUGCUUUUGGAUUGAUCUUGUGGUGUAUAUAUAUAUAUAUAUAUAUAUAUACACACACACACACAACGCUGCAGUAUAUUGUAACAUAAAGCCUCUACAUAGGAGGGUUUGCAUUCCAUCAUGAUAUCAAAUGAAACCUCACUAUUGUGUGCUACUUGAACUUGACAUCCGACACAGUAAGCAUUUGACUUCCAUUCAUUGCUUUCUGUAUUUGCAAUAUAACAUAGUCAUGCUAGCGAAUGCUAAAUUACAAGAACCACCUUACCUGAAGAUAUAUAUGAAAUGCAAACCCUUAUAUGCUUCAGCAGUGGACUAAAGGUGGAAAGCUUAUGAAACGGUGUAUGUGUCAACUGUUUUAUACCUUCACUGAUGGCACAGCUUGGCUACAAGCAAUUGGCAACUGCUCAUCAACAUUCCGUAGCACUCAUGCUAACACUGCCAUGCUAGCCUCUCAUGUGCCAAAAUGGUCCUUCACCUCCAUUUCAUUUGUCCUCAGGAAUAUAAGUCUUAACCACACAAUUGUGAUUAUAAUAUACAUCUAAAUCUAUAAAUGUAAAAUUGGAUAUUUAAAGGUACAAAUCUACCUCUUGAAAGCAUUUUAGGUUUUUGACUCUCAUAGAUUACAUAGCAGUGUAAAAUGUCCAAACUAGGUGCAAUGUGGAAUGUUAGUAGCUGAAAUUUUCAUGUGUACAUUGAAAACGAAAAUUUGGUGACAACAAAUUCACAGCCAAUCAGAUCAGAAUAUGUUUUAUGUUAAAUAGACCUAUGAGAUUGCACUGUGGGUGAAGCAACCCAGUGAAACCAAGUGAUAGACAAAAUUUUCAUGUGUUGCUUGACAUGGUCAUAUUUAGUUUGGACAAAAUCUCUGAUUAAUUUAUUCUUUGUCAGAUUGUAUCACGACUGGUUAGGACAUGUUCUCCAGACCAAAUUUCUAAAUGUAAAAUGACAUUAAGCCGAUAUUGAUCACAGCAGUGCAAAAACCAUCACAGUCAACAUGCUAAGCUACUAACUGGCUAACAAACAUACAUGCUCGAAGUGCUAGUUCUCAUUGUGUGCUAGAAAAUCAGGAUGUUACAGAUAACUGCGCCAAUCAAGUCAACUAGCAUGACUAGCAUGUUAGCCACUUUGUGUGCCUCUGCUAAGCAAAGGCCCAACUAAGUGCUUUUCUACUUCAUAGACAAGAUUUCCAUAACAGCAGCACUUGUUGUGUUUUGUUGUGUGGCGGUGUCCAGGUAACCAACUUCGUGUCUCUGUAAGUGUUUUGUCUUUCCUGGCCAAGGAGGUCCACUGCUUCGUUCUCUUCCCACGUUUCUACACCUCCACAAUCAUGUGUGUCUUUCGCUUCCCAUCUUCUUGCUUUUCCUCUCCCUCCUUUAUAUUCGACAAGCUCAUGGACUCUCACCGUCUUAGAAUUGUAAAAUAUGAUUUUGUAUUCAUUUGAGAGUUUUACACUACUUUAAAUUAUUAAUUUGCACAUUAGGUACCAAUGUAAAUAGCAGGAGAAAAAGAGACAAAAU